AAAAUAAAAGCGCUCUUUAAAUUUUCAAUAAGUUUGCAAUAAUAAAUUUAAAGAAAGGUAAGGGGGAGAUUAGCGAUAUUGUUCGAAAUACCUCUUAUAUAACCACCAUAACCUGAUUUAUAUUUUACAGACAAGCAAUUUUAAUGGAGCAUAAUCCUCAAACGAAUCGAGAUGAACAAUAUCCGUUGCUUAAAGUAGAAAAUGUCGAUGGCGGCGGGGACAAUAAGCCCCGUACACAAGCAGUUCCAACUAUUGUGACUACGGGGUGGAAUGUUACUUGUACCCCAAAACAGUCUUGGUUUGACAGAUGGCCAGAGUUCAUGUCUGCCUGCUGGAUGGCUCUUAUAUUAUUUGCGAUAUCGUUUCUCGUAUUUUAUGCUUUAGGGAUGAGUGCCUAUCGACGCCAACCAGUUGUCGUUUUCAAGUGCAACAAUUCGAAGCCAGCUAGUGAUGUAUAUUUUCAUUGCAUUAUACCAAGAUCUCAGAGUAUCCUACCGAGGUUCUCGCAAUAUCUUUCAUCCAUAGCCAUGCAUUAUCCUAAUCUGCGUUUCAAUGUUUAUUUUCUCAUUGACGAUUCGUUAUCUGCAACGUUGCAAAGUAGUAAUCGUACAAGAUUCUUCAAGCAACUUGUGCCUGCAUUUCCAAGAACACUUAACAUGAUAUUAGAACAAAGUACCAAACGAGAGAUUCAGGAUUUUCAAAGAAGAUAUCAAAACGUAAAUAUAACUAUAAUGAAUCUCAGUAAAUAUAUGACAAAAACCCCACUUCGAUACAUAUGGAGAACGAUACCUUUGACAUAUUUACCAUUUUAUGCGCGAAUUUAUUCUAUAUGGCAAAAUGGAGGUAUCGCUUUUGAUUUACCUACUUUUAAUCAUAUUUAUAACAAUCACCAAAGCAUUAAUCCAAAGAUUAAAGCGAUUUUAAAACAACACAAUGACGGUAUAGAAACAGACAAAUACAUAAGUAUAUUAAACUCAAUGGACGUGGAAGAUGAAAGCAAAAUGUUUUCUUCGAUCAUAAAUUUGAUUAACCGUGUACUCAAUCAAACAAGUUUAUUUUUUGAUACAGAUAUUACACCGGAAGUUAAGCUCGUAGACUAUACACCAUUUAUAAGAACUCAUAGAAAUAAACGAAAUGCAGAGCAGGAGAAAAUACAAAAUGUUAGCUCUAAUAUCAAUAAAAGUGACAUCAACGGAAGCAAUAUUACCGAAAUUUCGAUAACAUUGUUGAAAAAUAUAACAAAUCAAAUGAAUAUCAGCAGUUCAAACAAUACUGAGGAAACAAAUCGUUUGACAAAUCCUUCAUUGCCAAAAGUAAAAACAUUGACGAAAUCAACAGAUGAACUUCCAACCGCCCCAAAAUCUGAGGCGUCCGUUGAGUUUCCGGAAAUGUCGAUAUUUUAUUAUUUUACUGUAUUUGAUGACAUUGACCCUCCUUAUCCGUUGCCUUUCGCGCCCAUAAAAGGCGAAGUCAAUCAAAAUGACCUCCCAAUGAAAAUUACCGAGUUCAAAAAGCUAACGAAACAGAGUAAGCUAAUGACGAAUCAUCUUUCUAUCAGUUCUGACGGCUUAUUUGUUGCAGCACCACUGCGAUAUCAUCCAUUCUUAGCUCAGUUGCUUUCCACUGGGUGUAAAAGAGUAAACCCUAAGAUUGCCAUUGAUGAUACUCUUAUGAAUCAAUGUUCUGUCUUUAUAAGAGAUGACGUGUACUGUGAUAAUAUUCAUAUUAUGAAUAGCAUUUUCUAAAUAGCCUAUGCCUCCUAUUUUCCGAAAAAUGUUUACUUUA